AUGUUUUUCCCUUCGACCAACGUUUUCAAUGGUUCUUCCUCGUUCGCAAACGAGCACCCAUUCUCAAUCCAACCUUGUUCCAUUUUCACCCGCACCUGUGAUACUUGCACUCUGAAAGCCACGGACGCGGAUCCCAUCCUAUAUGUCUUCUCCUCGGACAUAACUGUCGUGAGAGAUGAGGCCUUGGGUACGAGUGCCUUGUACAUCAACUUGACCCGGAAACCUGAGAUUGGGUUGGAAGGCAAUCUGGAACGCCAGGGCUGCUUUCUGUACCCGGCAGUUGUUAACUACAGCUUGAGUCUCGACUCUUUGAAUUGGAAAGACGACACUGUUGUUAAGCUUCUGAAGCUAAAUGAACUCGACAUCUUUGAAAUCAUCAACCAAAACCUAUACCAAUCUGCCUCUUUUGCCAGGUACACAGGCAAUCCCAGAGUCUGGACAAUGCAAAGUGCAGGCCUUCUCGCCAACAUCUACUUCGCCACAGACCUCGAUAAUUCCCUCACCGAAGAGCCAGAACACCUGGCGUUCGACGACCCAAUGGACGAACUCAUCAGCUCCUUCCGCGAAAUCGCCCUCCGCAUGUCGGUCAAGGAGGCCCAAGAGAAAAACGAAGGCAAGCUUCGCACGUCAGAGCUAGUUGUGGCGCAGAACAUCUCCUACGUUAGCAAUACUACAAGAGUCCAGUAUGCAACGGACGAAGACGCGUUAGCCCUGGCGGUUGUGAUCAGCUUGAUCGGUCCCGUGGCUACGCUUGUCUUGUUCUGGGGCUUUUGGAGGCUGGGGAGAAAGGUGACGAUGAGUCCUUUGGAGGUGAUCAAUGCGAUGUCCGUUUCGUCGGCCACCGAUGCUCAAGACGGGACAACGGAGGUGGCUCAGAUUUUUGCGGAUUGCAAGAGUAAUGUUGAGGGAGCAGCGGUGGCGGAUUAUGUGCGGAAGAAGGACACUGAAGGAAGCGGAGAGCCAAAGUUGCAGUACGGAGUUGUGGAGGAGACUGGGCGGUUAGGGAUGGUGGUGGUGAAUGGGGUGCUCCCGGACAGGCGGAGGGUGAGGAGGCCGAUGAAGGGGGAGGUGUUGUAG